GUGACUUUGAAACAGUAAAAAAUAAAAUAAACACAAAUUGUGUCUAUUCAAAUGAACCACAUCGUUCAUGUCUCGGAAGAAUCAAUUUUCGAUCGCUAGCUUAAAGGCGCUCGCGCUGCUGCUGCACCACCGCACACCACAAUUUCCCCACUUUUUCUCGCUGCACAUUCAUCAACUCUGAUCCAGCGUUUGACACUGCUCGCUAUACAUUGCAAUAAUAUUGCAUGCAUGCAUGCAACAAGGUAACAUAUGGUCUGAUUUCCCCUCUAUUUCAUUGAAUUACUUACUUACGAUACUCCUCCUUACCGAUGCGGUCCACCAAACGACCGGAUUCCGGAAUGUGCAAUUGCAAUUGCGUUGCGUCCUACGCUCGAAAGUGCAGUGGAACGCGAACGCUAACGCAAACAUAUAUGAACGUAAGAGUCGCGCGCGCGCCCCUCGACCGAUAUCGAUGCAUGAAAGGAAGGGUUUUCUUCAUAGAGAAAAAAAAAGAAGUGUGUGAGUGUAUAAAGGUACACCAACAAUAACCAAGACGGUGACGUUUGUUCGACGGGUAGGGGCCGCCCCAACAGCUUCAUGCAUGCAACAUUUAUGGGGAUGCCCUCACUCGUGCCCGUGCUAUAUUUAACUAUAUUUUUUAUAUUUUUCCAUUUAUUAUUUGCAAAUCAUUUAAUGCCACUCUCGUCAGUAGACGUUUAGAUUCGCUCACGGUCUGACGUCGGCUACGGAUACGGAUACGAAACAAAAACCACUGCAGUUGGUUUUAGUCUCGACGGACGCCGCCGUGUGACGUCCAAUAUAAUUUGCAUUUGCAUUGCGAAAGUGAAUUAAACACACACGAGUGUCGCAUUUGUCUCUAACUUAGAAGAAGUGAGAUGCGUGUUGUACUUGGUGCGUGUUAAACACAAAUUCACAGUGCCAAUUUAAUGCUUAUACAAAUGAUAUACAUUGUCAAAUAUUUGUGGUGUGAGGUGAAAAAAGGACAGAAUUUCACUUUGUUCCUGUUGUUCUUUUGGAUAUUAUGGUUUUCGCAGAUAUUGAGUAUAUCAACAAUGUUUAUGGGCUUACCAGAUAUUUCCUCCGAAAACCCAACAGUAAUACCAUUGAAUGAGAUAACAUCCACAGAUUUGCCCCCGAAUGUCGGUGGUGGUGGUGGUGGCGGUGCCGGUGCCGGUGGUGGCAGCAGCCUUGAACAACACACCAUCGAUUCCGUAAUAGUUUCAUCAUCUGAAUCGUCGGAUGUCUCAAAUCAGACAAAAGACGCCAACGAAACUAAAACCACUGAAAGCAACCAGAAAGCAAAUGAUCAGAUAGAAAAAAUAAAUGAUUCUGGUGGAUUAAUUCCACCACAACCACCUGAUAGUGAUGAAGUAGCUGCAACUGAUGUUGGUGGUAGUACAAUAAUGCCUAAAGCACCAACAAAUGCAACUGUCACCACUCACGAAGUCAAUCUUACUGCCGAAGAAGUACCAAUUCCGGUAUUCUCCGAAUGGGCCCAAAAGAAAAUGGAAGCCGAAGAAAAGCAGCAACUUGACCAAGAUGUUGUCAAUUCAUCGACCCAAAGAAAAAACCAAACCACCGGGUCGAAACAGCAACCGGGAAAGUUGCGAACCAAGAACUAUGCCUCACCCGAUUGUGGGGCCAAAAUAAUUGCAUCCAAUUCGGAUGCUCAAAAUACCGGAGCUGUAUUAACUUCAUCCAAAGAUGAAUACAUGCUUAGUCCGUGUACAAAUCGCAUUUGGUUCGUUGUAGAACUUUGCGAAGCAAUUCAAGCCGAGAAAAUCGAUUUGGCCAAUUUCGAGCUUUUCUCAUCUUCGCCCAAGAAUUUCACUGUAGCUGUGAGUAAUCGUUUUCCCACCCGUGACUGGUCGAAUGUGGGACGAUUCAUUGCCGAUGACAAGCGAACAAUACAAACUUUUGAUUUACAUCCACAUUUAUUUGGAAAGUUUGUCCGAGUGGACAUCCAUUCGCAUUACAAUUCGGAACACUUUUGUCCAGUUUCGUUGUUUCGUGUUUACGGCACGUCCGAAUUCGAAGCAUUUGAGACUGAGGAUCAUGCCGAUGAUAUUGAUGAGUACGACGAUGACAUCACAUCGGAUCAGGCGCAUCAAAAGAACGAGAAUAACUUGUUCAAAUCAGCUAGUGAUGCUGUCCUAUCGAUUGUGAAGAAAGCUGCAGAAGUUUUAGUCAAAACCAAUUCCAAUCGUACAACAAUGGAGAUCAAGAGUGAUCAGGGUUGUUUUACUCCGUCAGCGGGCGAGUUUGCUUGCACUCAGUGCAAGGAUACAUCUCUAGCUGCCAGAGUGAAUUAUGUUCUCUCGUGCAAGCAUCGCCAGCUGCUGAAUAUGUUGCAGAUUGAGCGAUUGAAAAGCGACAUUCACACAUCCCAGAUAUGUGCCAAAAGAUUUAGUGUUAACCUUAAUAGCCAUUUAGAUUGUAAGAGCAGUGGACUGAGCGAAAAGAGUAGUUAUUUCUUGAGUUUACUACCGGAAGAUUAUGUUGGAGCAUUGUGUAUGCUAUUGGCAGGUAGGAGACGUGUAUCUCUUAAUGAUUCGAUGGAUGUAGAUGGGGGAGAUCAGAAUGGAGAAGUAUCUAUGAAUUUAACAAUAGACAAAAGCCAAGGAGGUUCAUUUGGUAACAUUGAUAAACUGCCAGAAAUUGCAGAAGAGGUUAAAAGAAAACCAAAAGUAGUCGAUGAGUUCUCGGGUGAUUUGUCAAUUCAAAUUCCUCCACCUCCGAGCAAAGUUCAAGAAGAAAUCACAUCGACUGAGAGGAUAUAUGAAGAGCCUUCUGCUCCAUCUUCUGAAACUCUAGACAUAAACAUAUACAAUAUGCCAGAAACGGUUGAUGAGAAAGGCCCUUCACUUGAAGCUCCUCCAGUGGAAGUUGUUAAGACUGACGAGCAAAAAACAGAAGAGACAGUGGUAGACACAAAUAUACCAGUAAAAGCUGACAUUGAUCUGCCACAAAAACCAUCGCCGUCAGGUGCAAGUUCAGAGGAUCCAUCUACGUGGGAUAAUCUUGAUACACUCUUGUCUGAAGGCGUAGUGCCUGGAACUGCCACCACAGGGGGUAUUGGAAAUCAAGGUAGUCAACAAAGAAUUGCAAGUGGACCGCACUCGGAGAGUGUUUUCAUAAGACUGAAUAACCGGAUUAAAGCACUUGAGCGCAACAUGUCGCUAUCUGGUCAGUAUUUAGAAGAACUGAGUCGCCGCUACAAGAAGCAAGUUGAGGAACUUCAACUAUCCUUAACCAAGACUGUUCGUGCAUUGGAAGACCAAAAUCGACGACACUCUGAACAAGAACGUGAGCUCUUGGAUAGAAAUGCUAUACUUAAGGACGAACUGGAAGAUGUCUCACUAAGAGUUCAUGCUUGCAUAAUUCUGAUUAUCUUUGUUGGAUCAUUUAUGAUUCUCUUGACCAUUGUCGGUGUGGUUUGCUAUCGUUCCAUGACGAGAAAUCUCCCGCCCAACUCUAAACAAGCCGAGAAACGAAAAGCUACCCAAAAGAAAUUGAAUCGUCGCAAGUCUUUUGAUGAUUUUUCCGAUGCCUCGACGGGAAAACAAAAGAUGCGUCGUCCCAGUGAGGAAGCCAUGUUAAUUCUCAAAGACUGUGCUGGAGAGAAUUCGGCUCCCGAAAGUGAUGUCAAAGUUAGACAACGAAAAGUUUCGGUAUUCUAUGGACGGAAGGCAAAUCGAAAAGGAGAAAAACGCUCCUGGCCUGAAGUAAGUCAACCUGGAGUCUUUAAUCCUGGAGUGGAAGACUUGCCACCAGCUGAACCCCUUCCCCCUCCUGUUCUGGAAGACGAAGAAUAUGACCAGUUCAAUGCAAGUGAAUCGGAUUCGAUUUGUACAUCGGAACAACAGCCACCAUCUCUAAGUGGAAAAUCGAGGAAAUUUGCCAACUUAUUCAAUGGAAGAGUGGGCAAAAAGACAAAGAAAAACAAUUCCAACUUUAAACGUCAAGACUCAGCUUCUUCUGAUAUUGGUGCAGGAGACAAAUCAACUACAACGGACACAUUCGACGAAAAAUUAAUUCUUGACGAAGAUGAAAUCGAGAAUUUUAUCCCUGGAGCCGAUUUGGCUUACAACGAAUUCAUGCCAGAUGGACCAUCAGGCUAUCAAAUUAAUGAUGGAGCAAGUUCAGAAGACAAACAGAAAAACAACAAUAAUAAGAAAACCCGAAGACUCUCAUCGCCAGCAUUUUUCAAAUCACCAUUUAGCAAAAGUAGUAAAAAAUCAACACCCCACGAAUCGACCAGUUGGGAGUGGUAUCGUUCGAAAAAGUCAUCAUCUGCAUCAUCAACAACAUCUAGUCAGAAUAUCGUCGGAGGCAGUAGUGGAGGAUUCUUAAAGACGACCAAAGUCAAUGGUAUAGGAGGAGCAACACACAAUGGCCAACCAUCACCGGCAUCAUCUCUAUCAGAGAUUCUACCAAAUAGUGGCCAAGGAAGUAGUGAUAAUUCAUUUCGUAUACUAGAAGAGGCUAUAAAUACAUCGGCAAUAGCAACGAUGACAACAGCGACGUCAUCGAGCAGCAAUGGUAAUAGUGGGGGCGGAAGCCAUAGUGGAAGUAGUGCUGGUAGUAAUAGAAGCUCGAAAAAAAGUCACACAUUCAAUAGAAUUUUCAAGAAGGUCUUUUGAUGAUGAAAUUCGUCUUCGUCUGUGUGUCUUACUUUUUUUCUUUUUGAUUUGACUGCGUGUCUGUGUGUGUUUUGAAUUUGAAUUAUUAUCGAUAUAUAUUUGUAUUGUGCGAGCGCGCUAAUUUGGCUUUAAUUAUAAUUAUUAUUAAUGUUAUAAUUAAUUAGAGAGAGACUUUUUGAGUUACUUAUUUAAAUGUUAAAAAAUUGAUGAAAUGUUUUUUUUUUUUAUUUUUGAAAAUUAUACAUAUAAGAGACUGGUUUUUUGCUGAAAUGUAAAAGAAG